GUGUUGAUUUCCUUCUCUCCUUGGUUACUGCAUCACUUCAGUAUGGGGAGUAGAGGGUGCGCAGAAAGAAUGAAGAGCGGGAAAAUAUGCGCACCCGAGGAGUGAGGGAGAGAGAGGGGUAGAGAGAAGAGAGAGAGAGAGAGAGAGAGAGAGAGAGAGAGAGAGAUAGCAGGCUUUUUUAAACCGGACAUCUCUGCUGUCAGGAUCUCGGCUGUGUUGGCAGGAUCCUCUCGCCUCUUUGGGAAGGAUGAGCUCAUGCAGCAGCAGGGCUCUCACUCUGCUCUCCACCGUGUUUGGGGCGUGCGGAUUGCUGUUGGUUGGGGUUGCCGUAGCAACCGAUUAUUGGCUGCUAAUGGAGGAGGGCAUCGUGCUGCAGCAGAACCAAACCAUUGACGUCAAGAUGGCGCUGCACUCCGGCCUUUGGAGGGUGUGCUUCAUAGCAGGUUCAGAGAAAGGAAAAUGUGUGGCCUCGGAGUAUUUCACCGAGCCGGAGAUCGAGAUCACGACAGAAAAUACAGCAAAUAUUCUCAAAAUGGUGCGGACAGCUACACCUUUCCCCAUGGUGUCUCUGCUCUUUGUGUUUACUGCCUUCAUUCUUAGCAAUGUGGGCCACAUUCGCCCACAGCGCACCAUCUUGGCAUUUGUUUCCGGAAUCUUCUUCAUCCUGUCAGGUCUAAGUCUGGUGGUGGGAUUGGUGCUCUAUAUCUCAAGUAUAAAUGAUGAGGUGAUGAACAGGCCUAGAGAACCAGAGCACUUCUUUAACUAUCACUAUGGCUGGUCCUUUGCAUUUGCUGCCAGCUCCUUCCUACUCAAAGAGGGCGCAGGCGUGAUGUCUGUGUAUCUGUUCAUGAAGCGCUACACUGAAGAGGAGAUGUAUCGGCCUCACCCGGCGCUCUACCGCCCCCGUCUGUCCGAAUGCAGUGACUACAGUGGUCAAUUCCUGCAGCCUGACACCUGGCCUCCUCACCAACAACGUGCUCGCAGUGCCUCAGAGCUCUCCAGCGAUGUUUCCAUUCAGCUAGCAGAGACUCAGCAGCCUCCAGCCAAACUCAUUGCCCAGCACAGCGUGUCAGCCCAGAGCGCCACCGCUGCCUCCAGCCCCGAGUCUGCAGUCGCCUUCCAGCUUCAAUCACCCUCACACUAUAGCCUCAACCACCCUCUUCAUCCCACAGAGUCCCAGGCCCUGCCCAUGUCCAUGCCUCCACCCGCUGUGCCACCACCUCAUUACCACACACACAUGCGCAUGAGCGCCUCACCAUGUUAGACACGUUUCCGUCCACCUGUAUUUUUACACAUUUCGAAUUUAAGCAGAAAUUUGAAACAAAAAUACUGAUUUGCAUUUUAUUUUGCUAAUUUUGGAAGAUUUUUUGGAACAUUUGCUUAACGUUAGGUUAGAAACAGAGAGAGAGAGAGAGAGAGAGAGAGAGAGAGAGAGAGAGAGAGCGAGAUGUAGAGAGUGUAAAAAAAAAACUUGAGACUAAUGUGAAAUAAGAUAAUGUGAAAUAAGAGUUCUGUAUCACCAAUGAAGCUAAAGAUGAAAGUGUUGUAGCAUAAUAGAACAUUUUUUUCAUCUACAGGGAGAUUUUAUUGCACAAGCAACGUAUAAUACAAAACACUUCUAUGAGAACACACAUUGUUGUAUACUUACAUACUGUGCUAGUGCACAAAGACAGUAACUAUUGCCUUCAGUUCUACUAGUGAUAUUGACCACGUAUUAUUUUAAUUACUCUUCGCAAUGUAUCAGUAUUUAGUGUUAUUAUGGAGUUUAACAUGUUUAAGAUACUUGUAAAAUAGAUUUACUUAUUUCUACUUUGAAUAUGAGACACUCCAGAAUCCUGAUGAUUUUUAUGAUGUAAAUAAUGUCAUUUUAACUGGAAUGAGGGAAGAAAUUAUUAAGACCUGCAUUGCUGAGAGGGAAAGUGUUGCAUUUGCAUUGGAAUUGAAACAGACUGAAAAAUAACUUCAAUUGCUUCAAGUCCCAGUAAUGGCUUUUUGAGUGUUGGAUCUUUUGUUGGCUUUUUCAAGUUGCAGUUUACACUUCCCUUAAAUCACCCCCUCAUUUUCGAGCAGCUUAGUAGUGGAAGACAUAAUACAUUCAAAUGGAUUUUUAAUCAUUAUCUCUUAAUAUACAGUAGGCAUCUCAUUCUAAUGCAUCAGUAUUUGUGCACUUUAUCUUAUUAAAAAAUACUCCAUGGGACUUUAAGAGUAGGGUUACACUGCAAGUGUGCUGUUGCUUAUCUCGUGUGAAAGAGAUCCAGUAUUGAUUAAAAUAUUUCUGAGAGUGAUGGUGGUUAUCAUUAGAAUAAAACCACUAUGUUGAC